CAGAGGAGAGAGUGAGAACAGCAUUUCGAAACCCAGCUGAUCAGAGCUGUGGUAUUCUGCCACAGAGGCAGAGGGAGCGUGACUGGAAAAAAGACACGAGUGGAUAAGAGAAAGCAGCUGAAGUCUUGAUUUCAUGAUUUCAAGACUGAGAAUAUACAAAUAGAGUGGAAAAGAAAUGUCUACGUCCUUUCAUGGGAACUGGGAACCCGUGUGAAGAGAGAGGCUCUGUGGAAAGAUGUGAGAGCCAUUGGCAGGGUGGAAAUCUGAGGGAGAAACGCACAGAAAAAGGAUCAGUCGGGCUCUGGAAACCAGUCCAGUGAGUCUUUGAGUCGAAAGACGGUUGAAGAACCCCCCGUGGAGAGAGGAGUGAUGUCUUGGCUGUCACCCGUGUCAUGGGCCAAAUGGACGUGGACGGCAGUGCGAGGGGGAGAAGGAGAGGAGGAUGAAGAAGGGCAGGAGGCCAGCGAGGAGAGGGAGCAACUUGGAAGGAGAGGAGAGGAAGAGGAGGAGGAGGAGGAGGAGAGAUCUCAAGGCUGCAGCUCUGACUCAGAGGGUCAUUUUGGCACUCCUGAAGAAGCAACUCCUGUCCGCACGCCUCCACCCUUCCCAGGAGAGCUGGAGAACAACAACACUGAUGCAGACAAAACAGAUGUGGAUCAGGAGGAGCAGCUGAUAGUGACUGCUCCUGUUUUGGAUCAGGAUAUUUUUCUCAGACACAACAUGGGUCAGGAUGAGCCUGUGGUCCCCAUGGGUGGCCCACUAGAAGUAAACAUCCAGACCCUGCAAGCAGAACAGACAGAGGAUCUCCCAGAAGCCUUUGGGCCUGUGCCUGUCCCGGCUCUAUCCUCAGAGAAGGAAGAGCCUGAAGUGGCUAAAUGCACAGCGCCAUCCUCUGAGCCCGCAUCCCAAGCCCCAGUACCCAUCCUUGUAGCGGACCCUGUCCUGGAUGUGGCUCCAGUUUCAGCUCCAGCUCCAGCCUCAGCUCCAGCUCCAGCUCCAGCUCCAGCCCCAGCUCUAGCUCCAGCUCCAGGUCCUGCUCCAGGUCCUGCUCCUGCUCCUGCUACAGUUCCAGCUCCAGAUCCAGAUCCAGAUCCAGAUCCAGUUCCUGCUCUUGAUGUUGCUGUUGCUCUUGCUCUUGCUCUUGCUCCUGCUCCUACUCCUGCUCCUACUCCUGAUACAGUUCCAGCUCCAGAUCCAGAUCCAGUUCCAGUUCCUGCUCCUGCUCCUGCCCCAGCUCCUGCUCCUGCUCCUACUCCUGCUACAGUUCCAGCUCCAGCUCCUGCUCCCGAACCAGCUCUUCCUCCAACCCCAGAACCAGACUCAGCCCAGAGCAGUGAACCUAAAGUCAGCCCGGCUCCAGAGCCCCCUGAACAGAAACCUCUUGCUGAACCAGAACCACAGUGCAAUGGCCUCGACCAGGCAGAGCCUACUAAAAAGACUAAAACCAGGAAGUCUAAGCCUCCAUCACUGAAGGUAAAGACCUCGCUGGAUGAGCCUGUUGCCCAAACAAAUGAAGAAGAAGAGCUUCCUCUUCCCAUGGCCACUUACAAAUUUGACCCCGACCAGCUGGAUGACAGCUUUAACCCCUUCACCUGCGGCGGAUCCAAAAUCCAGAACUCUCCCCCACCCUAUGGUUCAAGCUCUUUCCCCAGACUCGAGCCAAUCGGUAGCUGCUUGCCCGAUUGUGAGGCCAGCUCAGCAGCUCCGGCUGAAGCGCAGGUGAUGGAGUCGUUGUUGUCAGAGGCGAAGCCUGUGAUACUGGAGUUCGGUCUGGACGAAGGGACCGUCAGCAAACCACCUCCGAGGAAAUUAGGCGGUAAAAAGACAAUCGGCAAACUCGCAGCUAAGAAGCAGAAGGCCAAAGGAUCAGUGGCUCCCUGCAAACCUGCACCAGAACCCACAGUCUCAGAAACAGAUUCUCAACUAGUGUCAGAACCAGUUUCUCAACCAGCAUCAGAACCAGUUUCCCAACCAGCAUCAGAACCAGUUUCUCAACCAGCAUCAGAACCAGUUUUGGAUCCUCUUCCAGAAACUGCUUUGCCAGUUUCAGACUCUACUGCACCUCUGAACUUGGACGAUAUGCCUAUUCCUAAAUCGGGAACAUAUAACUUUGAUCCCAACCAGUGGGACGACCCGAACUUCAAUCCGUUUGGUAGCAAUAGCACGGCGGGCAGCUCUCCAGUGCUCCCUAAGGGCUCCUACAGUUUUGAUCCAGACAAUUUUGAUGACUCCGUAGACCCUUUUAAACCCCCCGAGACUGUGAGCGCAGAGGACUCGUCCAGUAGCGCCCCUCAGCUGGAGAAAAAAGUGAAAGACGGUGGCAAACAGAAAGUGGUGGAGAAGAAAGCGAGGCAGGUUCCCAAGAAAAGCAAAGAGAGGACAAUCAACCCCAGGACAUCUGAACAAGUCAAGUUUCUCUGUUUUCUGUUGAAUUCCUGUAAAGUUCAGAAGUAUGAUGAGAGCCAGUCUUUGGUGCUCGACGUGUGCAAUCAGGAGGAGGAUGAGGUGGUGGCUCAGACCCCAGAGAUCACUCAGCGAGUUCAUCACGCCACUGAUGAGGAGAAGCUUGCCUCCACUGGCAUCAUGGGCCAGACGACAGACUGCCAGGAGGAGAGAGGAGAACCCGCAUGCAUCAAAGCACCAAUGAAAAAACAGCCAAUCGAUGAUAUAUCUUUUAUGGAUGGUCCUGAGACUAAUAUUACAGAUCACCUGGAUGAGAAGGACACCUGCUGUCUGAAAGAUGAUAUGAGGGAGAUAUCCAUGAAGCACACAACAAAGGUGACCAGCAGUGAGCUUCCAGACACAACAGCCCUGUCCCAGGACAACAUACCUCUGAGUGAGAUGGACAAGGCCGCAGUGCUCACCCUGAUCAGAGAAGAGAUCAUCACUAAAGAGAUUGAGGUCAAUGAGUGGAAGAGGAAGUAUGAGGAGAGCAGAACUGAGGUUUUGGAGAUGAGGAAAAUAGUUGCAGAGUAUGAGAAAACAGUUGCACAGAUGAUUGAGGAUGAGCAGCAGCAGAAGUCCCUGUCCGGCAAUAAAACAGUCAGGCAGUUGACCUUAGAGAGGGAUCAGGCCAUUGCCGACCUCAACUCUGUGGAGCGCUCCUUCGCCGACCUCUUCAGGAGGUACGAGAACAUGAAGGGAGUCCUGGAGGGCUUCAAGAAGAAUGAGGAGGUGCUGAAGAAGUGUGCGCAGGACUACCUGAUGCGGAUCAAGCAGGAGGAGCAGCGAUACCAAACCCUCAAACUGCACGCUGAGGAGAAACUGGACAAGGCUAAUGAGGACAUAGCCCAGGUACGUGCCAAGGCCAACUCUGAGGGCGUCGCGCUAAGCGCCGGCCUGAGGAAGGAGCAGAUGAAGGUGGAGUCGCUUGAAAGAGCUGUCCUUCAAAAGAAUCAAGAGAUCGAGGAGCUCACAAAGAUCUGUGAUGAGCUGAUCGCCAAACUGGGAACAGACUAAGAGGCCUUUAAUCAAACUCUCACUACAACAUUGAUGUAAAUACUGUACAUCAAGCACACGUCAACCUUUUCUUUCUCCCUUCUCAAAAAAAAUAAAUUUGAAAUCCAGAACGGUUGCUCUUUUCAGAAUGAAAUAUGAAACCAGAGCAAUAACUGUUCAUAGUGUGAA